AUGUCAGAAUCGAAUUCUUCGUCGACUUCCGAACCACCGCAUACUCGCGGGAGAGGUCGUGGAAAGUCCCGAGGCGGACUAGGCAAAUACCUUCGUGGCCGCCCAGCGGAAUUCCGCCAGCGCCUAGUGCUGGAAGGUGAAGAGGUCGUCGACCUCGACCCUGAUUCGGAAGAGGCGAAAGAACUUCGACAGAAGUACGCACGGCGACACCUUGGAUCUAACGCCGAUCGUUAUGCGGAGCCCGAGCCUGAGUUGGAUUCUGAUGGAGAGGAGAUUCGUGAACCGGAGAUCGACCCUUACCGGUUAUCGGACGUGCCGGAGACUCAGGUAGUGGCGGUGGCUCAAGUCGAUGAUGAUGAUAUCGACCAUGAACUCGCGCAUAUUUCAUCUCAUCGUAUCCCACCUCCGACGUCUCAGAAGGGACGCGUACAAGCAAUCGAGUGGGAUGCAGAACUUGAAGAAAUGAGUCGCGAAAAGGCUGCUGCAGAUGCAAGUCGAGAUCUGAAAGCGCGAUUCCGUGCAAAGUCGGAGAAGCUUAAAGUAAAGCCUCUGUUUUCACACAAGACCAGACAAGGUAGAGUCCUUCGCCCCAAAGUGGAGAUGGAAGAUUUUCUUGACGAUCUUCUUGGCUAA